AUGAUUUGUGGUGCGCUUCUACUCCGCACAGCACGGGUGCGUGUCAGGACCGCAACAGGAAUCCAAACAGAGACGGUCCUAAACAGACCCAGAUUACCCGGAAGACUGUACGAGGUACGCCGACAGACUCCAAAAAUCGUUUAAUCAUGGAACAUAUGUUCAGUAUCUCUGACAAUGAGUCAGAGACCGAGACAUCGGAAGACCGUGAGGAAUCAGGCCAGAUGAAAAAUAACAGUGGAUCGCCACAGAAAAAGCAGUAUCUCCCUGUGCCUGAUAAAGUGAAAGGAGAACAACAAGGGAGACAACGGUAUCUUUCCAUGAAUGAUGAAAACCUGCUGGAGGCAGCAGAUGAAGGCGAUUUGGUUGGAAGUGAUCCUUUCAGGCCAAGAUCUCGCUCGGCUCCUCCUGCUUUGUGGGCAGCUAAGAAAUAUGGCCAACAGCUAAGGAGAAUGAGUGAUGAGUUUGACAUCCUCCUUGAUAAAGGGAUGAAGAGGGUGAAGAGCGCAGGAACAGCACGUCAGAUGCGGCAGUCCCCCAGCUGGUUGGCCUUCCUUUGGAGUCACAAAGAGUCUGAUGCCGAGUCACGCCCUGCAGAGUGACUGACAGUGAAUGAUGGAAGAAGAAAGAAAAGACGACUACUGUACAUAACAAUUGGUGACAGAAGAAAAGGAUGCACUGCUGUGAAGAGAAGGAAUUAUUCCAUUGACUGGUUUUAAAACUUUUUCAUGAACUGCACUGGGACUCUUGACUUUGGAAAAGCAUAAUUGGUUUCCACUGGCAUGUGCUAGCCCACAAAAAAAAUGACAAAACCGGAGAGUCUCAAAUUUUCCUUGAGCUCUGGGAAUAUUAAUGAAUGUGAGACAGCUAGAUUUCAGCUUGAUCAAAUCAUACACUUCCUCUCACUUUGCCGCAUUGGUUUUCAUAUUCAGAUGAGAUCAAAAGACAUUGAAGUUAUUUUAUUAUACAUUAUCUGUUGAAGGAUUUUUUUUACAAUAUCUUUAGACAGUCAGCUGUAAAUAAAAUCUGUUUUUACUGUAAGGGACUUUGGCCACUUUGAAGAGUCCUUUUUCUUUAUUACGAUCUCUUGAGUCAUACAAAUCUGGAAGAUUCUAUAACUAAUAAGCACAAACGCUUAAAAACAAGAAUGAUUCUAAACACCCAAAAGACCAGGGGACAUAAUCAAAGAUUACUGGUAUUACUUGAACAUAACUGAUUUUCAAUUCCUAGUAACUUUUCUAUUAAUUAAAAACAACAUUUUUUUGUGAUGUUAUUGUUUGUAACCAAUAUAACCAAUUAAGAAAUGAAUAAAUCACUUUCAUCAA